GAAUCGGAGCAACUAGCCAAUGAAUUUGCAGAAUCUGCGCAGAUUUUGCAAAGCCUGCCUCUCGUGAACGCACCCAUAGUCCCGCUGCUGUAAAAUGCGCGGGUGAGCAUGGAGAGUGACUCGCACAGUGAAAGACUUGUACCGACUUGUUUAUCUGUCGGGUGAAUCUGUAGGCACAGCGGCAAUGAAUCCAGCAGGGGGCGUAGCAAACAAACUUUGGCCAGAUGUGGAAAAUUCGUUUUCCGUUCCCCCAACUUGGAGACGGUCUUUCGGAGCGACUUUAACAAACAUCCCGGCUGCGGAAAACGAGAGGAGACCCCCAAACCGCUUGCGUUUGAAGAAGAGGGGUGUUUUAAAGAACCGUAGCAGAGGAGGAGACGAAAAUAACAUUGAAACUGUUCGGGACGGGACGGGGGCUGCCGUGACACCCGUGCAAGGCAAUGCAGGGCGCGGCGCAGGCAGCAGGGUCGGUAACGAGUCACUGCAGAGGGGCGACUCAAGCAGGGAGAGCGGUUGGGAAGAAUCUCCUUGUGUGAAACGAAACCGUCAGUGCUUUAUAGCCAGGGAACACAGAGAGGAGAGCGCCUUCCUGACUGAAGACGAGGGUACUGAUGAAGAGUGUGGCACAGCCAGCCAUGAGCACAGUGAUGAGGAGGAGAGUUGCAGUGACUUCAUUGAGGACAGUCCCCACGCUCCUGAAGCGAGCCCCUGUAACCACGGCAUCCCAGAGUUAUUCCAAGAGCAUGGGAUUAUAGGGUUGUCAUCCCAGAGCUUCCAGGUUCACUUCCGCAAGGCAGUUGAAGACUUAACUGAAGAAGUCAAGGGGAAUUUCCUGUCUCAAGCCCUGUACGAGAAACGGCUUCCUGACCAUCUGGCAAAUGCGAUCCCUGCAGAGGUAGUGUCAGAAAUGACUGAAGAGAUCUCCACAAGGCUGGACAGCAAGCUCUCCGAAGUGUUCUUCGUGCUGUCGGGAAAGAUCGAUUCUCUCAUCCGAAGAGUUGCAAGAACCGAGAAAUCCAUUGAAAUGUCAUUUCAGAAGUUAAGGGAGAGUAUUGAGGGUUCUGAGAACUGUGGACACAGAGAGAACGUGAGGAUUCUCACCGUCGCCGAUAGCAACCCAGGACAAAACGCGGUCGCGUUUUUUUAAAACAUUCCACACUGAAAAGGUCGGGCAGUGUACGUUUGUGCACCAGACGAUGCUGUUGCUUACUAAUAUAAAGACAAUCAGGGUGAUCUAGCUACAUUAUAUAUAUCAGUGGCAAGCACCUAGAACUGAAGAGCAGCUCCUGAACUCAUGUGACUAAUAGGGUCUCCUGUAGCGCGAUGUGGGGUCCCUGACGAUUUCACCUCCCUAACCCAGAACCAGAGCCAAUGCUCCCUGUGGACUCCCCAUCGAAGACUGCUGACUUCACACAGCCAGGAACGUGCGCUCCCCUGACUGUAUGACUCCCCCUGCACAUCAUGAGGCCGUGCCUUUACCAGUUGAGCCGCUCGGGGACCCCUGCGCUCCCCUGACUGUGUGAUUCCCUCUGCACGCCACACGGCCGUGCCUUUACCAGGGGAGACCUUGGGGACCCCUGCACUCCCCUGACUGCAUGACUCCCCCUGCACACCACACGGCCGUGUCUUUACCAGGGGAGACCUUGGGGACCCCUGCGCUCCCCUGACUGCAUGACUCCCCCUGCACACAACACGGCCGUGUCUUUACCAGAACUGUGAAAGUGUCCCAGAUGAAUCAAAGUCUUGGAGGAGGCGUGUGAAAUGGGCCGAGUGUGCACAAAUAUCUCAUUCUCUGGAGCUUACUAUAGCAUGGAAACACUGGAAGAGUAUGACCACCAGCAGCAAGGUAGACCUGGUUAUCAUGUUGAAGUAUGGUUUAUACACUCCUAGAAACGCAAGAACAUUUACCAACAAAAUCUUCGGUGCUCGUCCGGUUCCUAGUAGCUGAUUGAUCUUAGAACUUUGUCAAGUUGGUCUUUUUUUAAAGGAUCACAAUUCUGCCUCAACAGGACUAAGUAACCCAUUUCAUCCCCUCACCACUCUGUGUGAAGAAGCGUCUCCUUCCCUCUGUCCUGAACCUAUACA